AUGAAAUUUUGUUUAGGAAUUUAUGUUUGUAUAGUAUUAAAUGUUGUUGCCAAUGCUAAAGAUUCGAGAAUCGUAGGCGGCCAAAAUGCCAAUAUCAGAGAUUUUCCGUAUAUGGCUUCCAUAAAAUUAGCUAAAAAUAUCCAUAAAUUAGUAUGCGGCGGUUCAAUUAUAAGUGAAUAUCAUAUACUCACUGCAGCUCAUUGUUUCAUAAACUUUGAGAAAACUGAUUUAAUAGUUUUUCUCGGUAAUUCAUCUGCCCCAACUGCUUCUGACACUGAGCCUUAUUAUACAAUUGAACAAAUCAAUGUUCAUCCAAACUUCGUUGGAAGUGUAGAACCGUCGACAAGUGUACAUAAUGAUAUUGCUAUUGCCAAGGUGGGGCCACGCAUUUUGUUUAAUGAAUUUCAAAAAAAAAUAGAGCUUCCAAACGUGGACACCAGGCCGGGUUCACUCGCUGUAAUUAUCGGUUGGGGAAGAACGUCGUAUCCGUUUGGUGAACCUGCUAAAGUAUUGCAAAAAGCUUUAAUGACAAUUGUUACGAAUAAAAUGUGUGAACGCGAUCUUCCAUUUUCACUUCAUAGUCAAAAUAUCUGUGCAUUUCAAAGAGAAAGAGUCGGCGUAUGUUACGGUGAUAGCGGAGGACCAUUGGUUAGUCAAGGGAAAGUCAUUGGCAUUUGUUCCUUUAUUCGUCCUUGUGCUAUGGGUGAACCAGAUGUAUAUACACGAGUGUUUUCUUACUUAGAUUUCAUACAGGCACAUAUAUCCACGACAAAUUAAAUAUUACCUUCUAUAAACAUUCAGUUAAAAUGUAAACUAAAAUUUAAUGUAAAAA